AUGUCUCGGUCAGAGCGAAGCCCUAUGCACUGGCCUAGCUUCCCAGAUGUCCCCAUCUACCUCGACACUAGCAAUAGCCACACAUCAACCAAGACUUAUGGAACAACACCAACAACACCAACAACACCAGAGAGUCUUCCAAGAAACCGUCCAACACAUCUCAGCCCAGCACACAUCAAUGCUCCACCAAUCAGCCCAGUACAGCAAAGCCCUACAACAACUAUAGAGACAACGUCUGAUCAUCACUCGGAAAUCUGGCCGAUUCCCGAACCCCCUCCAGAGGUCAUGCGUCAAAAGCCUCGACGGCCCCAACUCCAAUUCAUCCCGAACACCCGGCCUCGUAUUCAACUUGGUGAAUCUCACUUGAAGCCUCCACAGCAAGUCCCAGAUGUUGAGAGGCCAGACUUCCAAGAUCGCAAGUCACAUCUUGGUCUUGGAAUCAGUGGUGGUCCACCCAAACCACCAUCAAUCAGAAUCCAACCACCAACAUUCAACGAUGAGAAAGGUGAACAGGCCUCAAAUAUCGCACAACGUAUCGAAGAGAAACUCUGGAACUAUAACUCUUCGGGAAACGUCAUCGAGAGAUGGCUUCUCGAGAUAGUUAGUUGGUUGAUCAGUGCUAUCUGUAUGGCUGCUAUCAUCGCUGUCUUGAUUGUUCUCAAAGACAAGCCAUCGACAAGGUGGCCAUUUGACAGUAUGGGGCUCACUUUGAAUGCCUUUGUUUCAGUUCUUUCUCGAAUCGCCGGAGCUGCUCUUCUUCUACCAGUAGCGGAAGCAAUUGGUCAACUGAAGUGGAGCUGGUUCAUUAAGGGCGACUCAAAGAAGAUGUGGGACUUUGAAAUGUUCGACAAUGCAUCGCGCGGACCUUGGGGUGCCUUUCUUCUCCUUAUUCACACAAAAGGAAAGACAAUUGCUGCUCUUGGUGCUCUUGUCACAAUAUUCGCCCUUGCACUAGAUCCUUUCUUCCAACAAGUUGUUAGCUUUCCAGAACGAUGGACAUUGCAACAUACAAACAGCUCCAUCUCUCGAGUCAUACGGUACGAACCUGUUUACGAUAUUGGAUAUGAGAACGGCGUAGACAUGGCAGACCUAAACGGCGAAAUUCAAAAUGUGGCGGAGCUCUUUUUCGUUAACAACGGAACACAACCAAUUCCUUUCGGCAACGGCACUCGCGCGGAAAUACCCUUGUCAUGCCCUAGCAGUAACUGUACUUGGCCAAGCUAUGAUACACUUGGGAUGUGCAGCCAAUGUGUCGAAGUAUCUAACCUCCUAAACUUUACGUGUAUGGAGACACGAGUGGACUGGACCUCACAGCUCACUGGUAAUCAGUCUACUUAUCCCACCGCAAAAGUAUGUGGAUAUUUUCUCAACGCCACCAGUGAGCAGCCUAUUCUCAUGUCUGGGUACAUGUUGGACGAACAAGGUAACAAAGCUGGAGAGGCUUUGAUGAUGCGAACUGUACCGCUGACGAGCUAUCCUCUGCGCGAUCCACUUUGGGGAGACGGCUCGAUCAACUUCAAGGAAGUUCGAAAUCCCAUUGUCGAUGCUUUAAUCUCUAGCACGGCAAGUUCUGCUGACGUCUUUGCGGAUAAAAUUCCAAUACUACACGAAUGUGUCUUGUCAUGGUGUGUAAAGACUAUACAAUCGUCUUACUACCUGGGUACCUACAAAGAGGAAGUCACAAACACAUUUAUCAAUGAUACUAAGGGAGAAUACCCCUGGGCUACAAACGAACUGCCAGAAGAGGGAAUCAUCAUAACGGAUUAUCUGGAGAACGUUACUAUUGCUGCGCCACCAACUGACCAAGGCUUCCCGGAAUAUGGAUGGGGCGUUAACAAUGAUACUAUGUUCAACGUCGUCCUCGUUUUCGAUCGCAUAUUUCCUUCCUUUACCACCUCCACGAAUUAUUCUGAGACCCCUGUUUUUCGCUGGAGGACUGGAAAUCCCACUAUCGCUUACGCCAAAAUCCCAAAAUUUAACCCAUGGUUGGUACCGAACGAUAUACCAAGACAUCUGGAGAGGAUGACAAGCUCCCUCACCAAUGUAAUUCGCUCCUCAUCUAGCGGCGAAUCAGUAUAUGGUAAAGCUUUCGACACCGAGGUCUACGUUAAGGUUACUUGGGCAUGGCUGAGUCUACCGCUUUGUCUGUUAUUCGUGAGCUGUGUGUUCCUCGUUUCCACAGUCAUCAAAAGCGCUACCGAGAAAGGACAAGUGAGCAUACGAAAGAACUCAGCAAUUGCUACUUUGCUUUAUGGUCUCCCCGAUCACUUUCAAAAGCGAUUAGCAAAGUCAGAUUCUAAAGGUACUCCAAGAACACAAGCGAAAGAACUCAAAGUAAGGUUGUCUGCAACGCGAGGAUGGAGGAGUUCUGGAAAUGCAUUUACGCCUUUGACUCCGAAAGCUCCGACAAAUGUACCACCACCAGGGUGGAUAUAG